AUGGGAGUAGACAACACUGAGGGUCCAGGCUGUAGGAGAGGAAGAACAAGGCAAAAGGCAACAAGAGCUUUCUCCAGUCACAGAGAAGGGAGAGGGGACUAUGGGGAAGCAGGGAAGGGGCUGGCGUUCACUGAGAUUCUAUCUUGGCAAUACCCACUGAGCCUGCCCUUCUCUACAGGUGGAGCUGCGGGCUCUGAGCUGGCCUUCGUGCAGGAGCCAGGGGACGUGGUAGCUCUGCAGGAGCACCCACUGCUGCUGAGGUGCCAGGUGGAAGGGGAGCCCCCCAUCACCAUCUCCUGGCAGCGGGAUGGGAUUCCCCUGGGAAACAACAGCGGCGCCACCCUGAUGCCAGACGGAUCCCUGCACCUUGGGGGCUUCCCCAACCGUCAUGCCCCUCAGGGUUCACCCCUAGCUUCUGCUGGUGUCCACGAAUACAACUGUGUGGCUCAAAACCGCUAUGGACGGUUGGUGAGCCGCAGGGCACGGGUGCAGCUGGCAAGUCUGUCUCGAUUUCAUCAACAUCCCGAAUCCAUGGUGGUGGAGCAGGGAGGCGUGGCCCGUUUCCAGUGCCUGAUCAGAGGGGUACCUGAGCCAACCAUCUCCUGGGAACACAACCGCACUGCCUUGAGCCCUGCCAACCACAGAUUCACCUUGCUACCUGCAGGCAUUCUACAGAUCACAAGCGUGGGACAGUCUGAUGUAGGGACCUACAGGUGUGUGGCAAGAAAUAUAGCCGGUACCAGGUACAGCCAGGAGGCCCAACUUGCACUGAGCGUGUCUCCUCCCCGACUACUUCAGGAACCAGAGAUUCUCUCAGGACCUCAGAACCUGACGCUUACAGUGCACCAGACUGCAGUGCUGGAGUGCAUUGCUACUGGCCAUCCGCGCCCCCUGGUCUCCUGGAGUCGCCUGGAUGGUCGCUCCAUUGGGGUGGAAGGAAUCCAGGUUCUGGGGACCGGGAACCUGAUGAUCUCAGACGUGUCUGUCCAGCACUCUGGAGUAUAUGUCUGUGCUGCAAACCGUCCAGGCACCAGGGUCCGGCGAACGGCCCAAGGGGUCCUUCUGGUGCAGGCCCCUCCAGAGUUUGUCCAGUGGCCGCAGUCGGUGUCCAAGCCGCCUGGCAGCAGCGCUAUCUUCACGUGCGUGGCCCACGGGGUUCCCGAGCCCCGGCUGAUCUGGCUGAAGAACGGGAAGGUCUUAAACCCUGACGAUAACGUCAGGCUCACCCACAACAACAGCACCCUGAUGCUGGCCGCCGUCACGGCCGCCGACGAGGCCAUCUACCAGUGCGUGGCUGAGAACAGCGCAGGCUCCAAUCAGGCCAGUGCCCGCCUGGCCGUGGCCGGAGCCCUCCAGCUGCCCCCUGCUCCUCAAGGCCUGCGGGCGUCCGCCCUCUCCGCCUCUGCCGUCCGAGUCUCCUGGGAGCCUCCUGCGGCCGGUGACCUCCCCAGCAUCAUCGGCUACGUGCUGCAUCUCCAGCCCGAGGGAGAGCCACCUGGCAGGGGACUGCAGGAGGCAGUGAGCAAGGGGACCUUUGAACAUGUUUUCACCAACCUGGAGCCAUCAACCACCUAUUCCAUCCGUCUCCGGGCAUAUUCUGCCGAGGGGGCCAGCCAGGACUCCCCUCCUGUCCACAUCACCACCAUGGGCAGUGCUCCCGCAGCCCUUGGUUUCUACACCAAAGUGCUCAACGCCACCUCAGUGCGGGCUUCCUGGGAGCUGCCCCCCCAGCCUGGGCUCAUCCAAGGCUUCAAGCUCUUCCACAGGAAGCUGCCCGCUGCCCACUUUGAGGGACCCCUCCUCCUGGCCAGCAGCGCCAGCUCCUUCCUCUACACUGACCUCGAGCCUGCUGCCCUGUAUGAAAUUAAGCUUCAGGCCUUUAACGGAAAUGGGGAUGGAAACAGCACAGCGCGCUUCGUCUCACUGCGGGACGCCCUGACAGCAGAUGCGGAUCCCAAGGCUGGGUGUCCCUGCAGUCAGGAUGGGGAAACCCCAUUCACGGGGAACACCCAAAUGUCGGGCGUGUUUGUGGGCAUCCACGUGGGCUUUGCUGCCCUCAUCAUCUGUCUCCUCUGCCUCCUCCUGGGCUGGCAACGUAGGAAAGGGUCCGGGGAGCACUGGACAGUACCCCCAGGCUCUGCUGACAGGGCUUCACUAGGUCAACUGGAAAGUGGAGGAAAACCUGGAGAGAGGAUCGAACUCAUUUCCCAGGUCACCGUGGAGCAACAGUCUGCAGCCUAAGGACCUUUCUCCCCAACCUCCCCAAGAAGCUCCGGAACCACCAAAGAAGCUACCUCACCUUUCCCUACUUCCAGAGUCAGGACAGAACCAAAGCUACCUCAGCCCCUGCUUAGGGGAAGGGGAGAAAGUUUUCUCAGUUGUUUCUUCAUUUCUAGUCCUCCCCCUCUCGGUGAUGGGACUUCUGGGGGAGAGGUUAUGUUUCCCUGUCACCACACCAAAUGCUCUCAAACCAAACUACUCUCAGGAACUCGAGUCCAGGUCCCACUUUCCCAAUCCACAAUCUGUCUCAAUCCAAAUAUGACUGCCCAAAGAUGUAUAGCUUUAAGGAGUCCUCCCCAAAUUGGGGAGACAGGGCAAGGGACUAUUGUCUCCUCCCUAUUUUAGUCAGACCUUUUCUCCUCUUACUCAACUCUCUUCUUAUUUCACUCCCCCUGCCCCCAAGUUCAGAUGAGCCAGUUCCUAGCCGGGAUGCACAAGCAUCUGAUCUCAGCAGUUCCCAUGUCUGAGAGGGUUUUAAAGUGCUUAAUCUCAACUGCCUACCUCCUACUUCUCCCAGAGCCUGGUUAUCCUGUGUACACACGUGCUCCCAAAUGUUCAGGCAGAUCUCUGAGCAACCAAAAACACUCCAAACUCUCAAUGGAGAUUUGGGGUUCUCAAGCAUGGGGGAAAGGGAUUAUCCUACCCCAUAAUCCAAAGCAAUGGCCUCUGAAGGCCCUUAUCUUCUUUCUCUCCCAUUUGAUUUUUAUUUUUGAAAGCAGAGAAUUUAGUACGAGUCAGGUUUGGUUUUUUGCAGGCAUAAACCCCUACUAGAAUAGGCGCAAGGGGCCAUGGGCAGCUCCUCCUAGAAAAAAAUUAUAUUCCCCCUCCUGCCCCAUCAGGGUCAGCCUUUGCUGCUCUUUUCUUCUCCAAACAUCCUUCCUGACCCCAAAGCCAAAGCCUCCACAUCCUAAACCCAGUCCUUCAGCCAUGUUUCUUCACCCUCCCAGUAUCAAGCCAAAAAAUCCUGGGGAGGAUGUUGAGGGCUUAGGAGUGGACCCAACCUAAACCUUGCGCUUGUAGUGAUUUUGCCGAGUGAUGCUAGCACCAAUGAAAAGCUCCCAACAAGCCCCAUCCCAGGAACUCCAGGCCACUCCACACACCUUCUAACAUAACACGGGAGCAGGAGCAACUGGACCCGAGAACGGUAUGGAAGCAGACCCACACAGUGGUCAACAGCCACUCCCCACACUUGUGGAGAAGGCACCCAUUCCAUGAAGUAGCCUGAUGCUAUAGCUUUGUUGGAAAUAAAAGCCGAAAUGGAGAACACAGUUAAGAGUUGACUAUGGCUAAAGGCAAAAAGGGAAGAUUGUGCUGGGUGGGGUGUCAGGGUGUGAUGUCCUAAGAGAGAGAGAGAAUGGAAUAAGGUAAGCCUGCAAUGACUUCAUGGGUGCAACAGGUGCUUUAGUUUAGGCAACAACUGGAGUCACUCAAGGAGAUGGUGUCUUCUCCUUACCUAUAUAUAAAAGGCUUUAAUGGAAAUGGAAUCAUAGGGGACAUCUGCUAAUCUGUCACUGAGACUUGUUUUAUUGCAAUUCCUUUCUGUGUUUGUUGUGUUAUUCUAAUAAAAAGCCAUUUUGU